AUUUGCAAAAAAUCCUAAAACAAGGGAGAAGGGAUGUUGGCUUCUUCAAACCUUACCCUUUGCUGCAGGCUGAAGGCUGAAGGCUGAAGGCUGAAGCCCGACCUUCAUCUCCGGUUCUACAGUCCGAUUCACCUCCGGCGAAACCCACAAACGGAACAGUGUCAAUUUUGGGGCUCAUGAUACAGACCAUUAUGAACAUGAAGAUAAGAAGUUAUGGCUGCAUUACAAAACCGAGUCUUUUGCUUGUACAUCCAGAGUUACCUUGUAGACCCCAGUUAAUUUUUGCAUCGAGUCUUGGGUUCUCGAGUAACCGUGAGAAGAGAAUUGGACACGCUACGAGAUUACAGUACUCUGUUGCAGAUAAAACAUUUGUGUCUAGUUCUACCAAUUCACCUUUAUCCAAGGUGAACGCCACCCAUUUGGAACAGAGGCAAGGAGGUUCCUCAUCCUUAUAUAGCCGCCCUAGUUUAUUACAGAUGAAGAAUCAACGAAUAGAAAAUCGUGCCCGGGUUUAUGAGUUCUUGAAGGGGAUUGGUAUUGUUCCUGAUGAGCUUGAUGGACUGGAGCUUCCUGUAACAGUUGAGGUCAUGAAGGAGCGGGUAGAUUUCCUUCAUAAAUUAGGGCUUUCAAUUGAAGACAUUAACAACUACCCUCUUGUUCUUGGCUGUAGUGUGAAGAAAAACAUGAUUCCCGUGCUUGAUUAUCUCGGCAAAUUGGGUGUUAGGAAAUCCACUUUCACUGAGUUCUUGCGAAGAUAUCCACAAGUCCUCCAUGCCAGUGUUGUAGUAGACCUUGCACCUGUGGUAAAGAACCUGCAAGGGAUGGAUAUCAAGCCAAAUGAUAUUCCUCGGGUUCUUGAGAAGUAUCCAGAAGUAUUGGGAUUCAAACUUGAGGGAACUAUGAGCACAUCUGUGGCUUAUUUGGUUGGAAUUGGGGUGGCAAGAAGAGAAAUUGGAGGGGUUUUAACUAGAUACCCAGAGAUAUUGGGUAUGAGAGUAGGUCGUGUGAUCAAACCUUUUGUGGAGUAUCUUGAAAGUUUGGGGAUUCCAAGAUUAGCUGUGGCUAGAUUAAUAGAGAAGCGGCCUCACAUCCUUGGAUUUGGAUUGGAGGAAAGGGUGAAAGCUAAUGUCAAAUCCCUUCUAGAAUUUGAUGUGAGAAAAACAUCACUUGCUUCCAUGAUAGCACAAUAUCCUGAGAUCAUAGGAAUUGACCUGGAGCCAAAGCUUCUUAGUCAACGGAGCCUUCUCAAUUCAGCUCUUGAUUUGGGUCCUGAGGAUUUCCCAAUAGUUGUUGAAAAGAUGCCACAGGUUGUUAGCCUUGGUAAAACACCUAUGUUGAAGCAUGUGGAUUUCCUCAAGGAUUGUGGAUUCUCCUUGCAACAAGUGAGAAAGAUGGUUGUAGGAUGCCCCCAAUUGCUUGCUUUGAACCUUGACAUCAUGAAAUUUAGCUUUGAUUUCUUCCAGAAGGAGAUGGAGAGGCCUCUAGAUGACUUGGUUGCUUUCCCUGCUUUCUUCACUUAUGGUCUGGAGUCUACCAUAAGACCGAGACAUCAGAUGGUUGCAAAGAAAGGGUUGAAAUGUUCUCUUUCAUGGCUUCUCAUUUGCUCUGAUGAGAAGUUUGAGGAACGGAUGAACUAUGACUCUAUUGAGUUGGAGGAGAUGGAAAUGGUGUCAUCAUUUGACAUGAACACAUUGAUGGAACCAAGGAGCGAUGAGUCUGAUGAGUCUGCUUCUGACUACGAGGAGGAUAGUGAUGAUGAAUAUGCAUAGAAGGAUGAUUCAACUUAGUUAAUGGUCUGCUAUAGACUUUGUCAAAUUGAAUCUUCAUCUAGAGAUUGUGGGUGCAAUAAUUAAAAGGUAAAUUUUUCAAUUUUGAAGAACUUGAAUCUUUUCUUUUUCAAAUUUCGAACACAACAGAUUAGAUCGCCUAAAUGAGAAUGACUUAUUGAAAUAAUAUUUUGAUUUGCAAAGGCUAAGGUUGAUUUUAGAUACAAAAAGAUGGUAUAAUACUGAUUUUUAUCUUGAUUUCACUAUCUGCAUGUCACAAAGUAGCACAUUGAAAUACACAAUCUGUUUGUUAUAAAUGUUGAGCUCACUGAGUUGUUGAGUUGAAUCCUUCGGGUUCUGCUUUUGUGACAAGUUUUUGUUGUAAAGGUUGGAUGCAUCGAACCCACAAUACUUUUCAAUGAAUAUCUCAUCCAUGUUUUUUGUUUGUUUUGUUUAGUAUUUGUUUUUUUUCCUUUUUUGCAUUUUCGUAUGCCAAGCUGAUCUGAGUUCGAUUGAUCACCAUGUCAACAGAGACCCAAAGAGUUGAGGCCAAGUUGGAGCCUUACCAACCUCUUAAAACUACUGGUCAGAGAAUGCAGUUUAGGUUUCAGAAGUAAAAUCAACCUAUUAAUACCAGUGAAUCAGUGAUAAGAGAAUGUUGAUCUGGGUUUUCAAAUAAAUAAAAACUUCUCAUACUGUCAAAAUAUUAUUUUUCCUUGUGUAUCGCCACAGACAGCAUUAACAUGUUCAGUGUUCUUGCUUGCCCCCUUUUCUUUCAGCAGAAUCCAGAUGAAAAGAGAACUGCAGUUAUAUGCACUACUCUCAGUGGGGAUUUGGGUCAUGUGCAUGGAGGUGAAGAUGCCAGCACCCCGCAUAAACAGCUAGACAAUGUUCCAUCAGUACCAAGGCUAUCUUAAUCAAGCCUGUUUUCAAAUGUUUGACAAUUACCUUCACCCGUGAACAUUAUAUUGAGUAGUCCGAAUGAAGAUGCAAGAACUGUUGUAAAAUAUCACUAUAUUUUUGUAUUAGCUUUGGUCUGUCCUAGUAAUUUUUCCUUCAUUUUCA